UGGACCCGCCUCUACCAACCUCCUCUGGGUCGACAUGCCCAUCGCCUCGGAUGCCACCUGCCAGAGUACCUAUGGCCCAACUUUCAACGGGAAAAACUUCUGCGCUGGAGCUGUUGACAAAAAUAUUUGCGCGGGAGAUUCUGGCGGUCCUCUUGUGUGCAAGGAAUCCGACGGACGCUACUACCAGUACGGCAUCAUGUCCGCCACACAAGGCGACUGCCACGUACCUAAUGCACUCUUCACCAAAGUCUCAAGUUUUCUCCCCUGGAUCAAUGGGAAAACAGUGGGAUAAAAGGUGUGCCAUGGCUAAUGUAUAACAACUCACUGCUGAAGGAAGUGUUCCUUGUCAAGAAAUAAAACCAAUUUCG